AUAAAAAAAGACCUAAAAAAUUACUGCCCUGAGAGGUCCGACAGCACAUACCUCUGCUGCCCACGCUGGACACUUCCAGCUUCUUUGAGGAAAAGACUGAACGUGCGCAGCAGCUCUCCACACUUCCACUGGAGGAAACGAGUUUGAGCCGCGCUGAUCUGAAGGAGGUGUGACCUGAAAGGACUGUUUGAUCGUCCCUCUGCCUGCCUCGCCUUCACCACUGAACCCGGGAAGCUUUCCGUGCAGGAGCGGAUGAAACAACCAGUUGAGAGGGUUGAUGGGUAAAAAGUGAACGGAGGGGACACACCAUAAGGAUUCGUCGGUGAAGGAAACAAAUGCACGAGAUCAUAGCCUGGUUGCUUCACCAGGAUUGUUGCUACCUUACGUAACGUUAACUCAGCUUUGUGGAGGGACCGGCAGCAGGACGCUGCUGGUACCGAGCUGUUAAAUCACAGCGAAGAAACGCAGGUGGAAAGAGAGGAGUACAGUCACAAGUUUGUCCAUCCAGUCUUCAUUCACUCAGCAUGAUUGGUGAAGGCGCUGUCUCUCAUCGCCAGUGAGUACGUCGAGAUGAACGAGGGCCACAGACAGGGAGGAGGGGCUUUCACUGUGGAGGCCGAUGUCAUCCUCCACGCCAUGAACCCUGAACUGGUCACAUCUUCUGACAAAGAUGGAAAUUUAUGUCCAGGGUACAUCCAAGGAUUCCUGCAUGACGACCAGGAUUUCAGCCCUCCCGCAGUGUUUGAGAAGGAAUACCUGCUGGAUGGAAGACCGAUGGAGAAUAACCACAUCGCCCAUCAGAAAGAUAAUGGCUCGUACAUCUCGACAGCUGAUCAGUUUCACCUCUCCAAUGAUAAAGGAGCUCCACGACAAAAUUGUGCAAGCAGUGAAAUCCACAAUGGCGCCAGAGCUAAAGUGUCUUACAGUGGAGAUUCCUCUGUAUGCUUGCCAAGCCAAGCCAAACAGGAAACUGAUUGGUCAGUCUUAAAAUCAAACCUUGAGCACAGCGACGGCAGCCAGGAAGCUGGAAAUACACGGUCUCAAAAAGAGCCUGAUUUAGUAAUUGAAGUGGGCGGGCAGAAGAUCAACGCUCACAAGUCUGUCCUGGCAGAGAAGAGUGACUACUUUAAAGCCCGGCUGUCACGAGACAUCCUCAAAGUGAAGGGAGUAAGUUACAAGACGUUGUCUACAAUAAUAGACUAUGUUUACACUUCUCAGAUGAAUGUUUGCAAGGGCAAUGUUGUAGAUGUCAUCACAGGGGCUAAAAUCCUCCAGAUCCCCUGUGCCGUCCAGGCGGCCAUGGACUGCAUGUCUAAACAAAUCAGUGCAGAGAACUGCUACGAGAUCCUGACCAUCGCCAAAAAGCAACGACUCAGUGAACUGAAGGAGACUGCCUACGGAUUCAUGAGCGACAACUUCCUGCAGAUCCUCAAAGACCCCUCCGUUUACGGGCGCCUUAAUGGAUCUGAGCGGGAUCUGAUCCUGAAGAAGAGAAUGGAGGGAAGGAAGACUCUGAUGGUGGCAGAGAUAAACGAUGUGUUUGAUCGCGUCGGGAGCCGGCCGCCGAGCCGCUCUGGCAGCCGACCACAGAGCCCAUUGUCGAUUGGGUCUUUGGAGGAGAGUCAUAUGAUUUAUUACUUUAACGAAACAGCAAAUGAUUGGAGACCUUUAACUGCUAUGCCUGAGGACAUAAACACUAAAGGGUGCGGGAUCUGCAGCAUGUUUAACUACCUGUUUGUGGCAGGGGGAAUAAAGGGCUACGGGGACAAGGGCAAGGUUUCAGACAAGGUCUUCUGUUACAACCCCAUAACCAACCGCUGGACUGAAGUCAGACCUCUGACCCAAGCUCGUGCCCAGCUAAAGCUUGUGUCUAUGGAUGGCUACUUGUACGCCAUUGGAGGGGAAUGUUUGUUUACGGUGGAAAAAUAUGACCCCCGCAUGGACCGCUGGACCGCCGUGGCCCCCUUGCCCAAGGGAGCCUUCGCAGUGGCUCAUGAAGCCACAACCUGCAGCGGAGAACUUUACGUUUCCGGGGGAACUCUCUUCUACCGCCUCCUUAAGUACGACGCCAAGAGAGACGAGUGGCAGGAGUGCCCCUUUAAUAACAGCAGGAAGAAGUCCAGCGACAUGGUGGCUUUCAAAAGCUUCAUUUACCGCUUUGAUGUCAACCGAGAGCACGGCAUCACCGUGUUUAAGUACAACAGCAUUGUGAAAAUGUGGCACGAUUGCGCAUCACAGAGGCUUGGAAGUCAUUUACCCUUCAGGUGUGCUGUGAUCGGGAACUGCAUCUACUGUGUGAACAAAAGCCAGACUCUUCAGUUUGUAGUGGAGGAGGAGAACGCCUACUUUGUUGAGGAGACGCUGAGGGCGCCUCUGGAGGCAAAAGGCAUUCUUUUUCCUUUUGUUCUCACUUUGCCUGAAAAGCCUGAAAAAGUUACAUAGUGUGUGUGUGUGUGUGUGUGUGUGUGUGUGUGUGUGUGUGUGUUCCAGAAUAACACUAUAAUGUAUGUCGUGUAAUGAAACUGGAAUAAGCAGAAUACCUUAUAUACACUAUUCAAUGUCAGCUUUCUAUCUCAGUGUGUCAUUGCCUGCUUGUUAUGGAAUGUGUGUAUUUGCAUGGCAAUUUGUGUCUGCAGGGUGAAGCCUUAAAAGGAACAGUUUUUUUUUUUAAGAGUGGAAUGAAUGCAACAAUAUUUGUAUCUGACCAUAGAUAAUGAAAUAACGACAGUGACUGUAGGUUAUUUUGUGUAUUUCUUGUGUUCAGCUUGGUUUGGUGCCCAUUUGUAAUUAGAAUCGAUAUUAUUAUGAACAUAUUAACUAGUUGACUGGUAACAAAAACAAGUGUUUUGUUGAAAAAAAAAAAGAGUGGAAGAAGUCAUAGUGCGCCUUAAGAACGAUGCAACACAGGUUCUAUGCAAACGAGACAAAAUAAACAGUUUGGUCUGCUGUAAGGCUAUUUAAUACUUACACUAUAAUGGGAAACUGACUGGGAAGGAAUACAGUAUUCUUUGAACUAGGGCAGCAACUAAUGAUUGUUUUCAUUAUUUUGUGAUUAUUCGAUUGUUUGGUCAAAUAAAUAGUAAUGAAAACGUAGUGUUGCAAUUUUGCACUCCCCAAGAUGUCUUGUUUUAUCCAACUAACAGUCAAAAAACCCAAAGAUGUUUGGUUUACUGUUAUAUAUCAUAGAGAAAAUCCACACAUUUGAGAAAUUUGAAAUGACAAUGUUUGUGCCAUGUUUACCUAAAAAAUUAUGAAUCGAUUAUUGAAGUAGUAGUAGAUUAUUUUCUGUCGUUCAGGUAUGAGAUUAAUCAAUGAAUCAUUGCAGCUGUAAAUCGAACGCUGAUCUUCCCUGGCUUUGAAUUAAACCCGUGAGGUCAAAUUUUAGUCAGUCAAGCCACACAAAUAUUCCCUUGGUAAAACAUCUAAACAGCACGUUGUACCAUAAAGUAAUUCACGCAAAUUCUGCUCAGUUCAGUAUUUUCAAAGGGAAAAUACAAUCUUGCCAGAAAUA